UCCAAUGGCAAGCUCUACUGCCAUCCUAGUUGCUCUUGUUGCUCUAAGCCAUUGUUUUGCAGCAAUCCCACUCGCAGCAGCCACUUCCUUCAACGUUGUCAAUAGCUGCGGAGGCUCGCAGAACAUUGUCGUCCGCGAGAACCCCGGCCCCUCGAUCGGAACCUCCGGAUUCACUCUCGCCCCCGGAGAAUCUCGCUCACUGAGUCCUCCGGAUCUCUGGGGGGGAAACAUCGGCACUGGAACUCCUGGCCUCCUGGCCGAGUUCACUAUCAACAGCAACAGCAACAAUGACUUCUACGACAUCAGCGCCGUGGAUGGCUUCUUCAUCGGCACUGGGAUGAGCAUCACUGGAUCUGGCAGGGGUCUGACUUGCCGAGCGGAGGCUUCGACUUGUCCUCCCGAGAACACGAAUGGGAAUGUCUGUACCAGUCCCAACCGCGACGAUCCAAACUCCCAGUAUGCACAGAACGUCCGUGCCUCAUGCCCGGAUGCUUAUAGCUGGUCUGGUGACACCAAGACUUUUGCCACUGGAACCGGAGGAACUUUCACCAUUACGUUCUGCCCGUGAGCGAUGGUGUUAUUCAAUCACUUUAUAAAUGAAAUAAAUUCUAUAGCAAAAAUGUUGUCACGCG